AAACCGCACGAAAUCCAUCAUCAUGUCUGGACGUGGAAAGGGAGGAAAGCAACGCGCAAAGGCCAAGAGCCGAUCUGCCAGGGCUGGUCUGCAGUUCCCCGUGGGCCGUGUUCACCGCUUCCUGCGCAAGGGCAACUACGCCGAGCGUGUGGGUGCCGGUGCCCCGGUCUACUUGGCCGCCGUCAUGGAGUACCUGGCCGCUGAGAUCCUCGAGUUGGCUGGCAAUGCCGCCCGUGACAACAAGAAGACGAGAAUCAACCCUCGUCACUUGCAACUGGCCAUCCGCAACGACGAAGAGCUGAACAAGCUUCUCAGCGGUGUCACCAUCGCCCAGGGUGGUGUACUGCCCAACAUCCAGGCCGUUCUGCUGCCCAAGAAGACCGCAUCGAAGGCUGCCAAAUAAGCGCCGAAUCCUCGGCAAAAACCAACCGGCUCUUUUCAGAGCCACCACAACUUACAAAAGAGAGAUUCCUUGUCUGUUGCUUUGUCAACAUUUAAUAUUAUUGUACUAGGCCGAAACGUUUGAUCACAGAUUUAUUAAAUUGUUACCUAGCCUAACCCUAACCACAUCUUUAUUAAGUUCAACCGCUGAGCCAUGGUUAAGAGUCUAAAAGCAAUAGGCUACGCUUUUCUACCUAGCCUAGACAAGUUAUUGUCGGACAUUCGACCGAGCUACACAAGUCUUUGACCGGACUUUUCCUGAUUUCAAGUUUUCAAGUUCCAGAAUGAAGGAUUUUUCAAACGAUCUCUUGAGCUCUGAGUGGAAAAUCCCGUUUACUGUAUAUGUAUAGGUUGCUUGAACGCAUGACAGUUGAUGUACAUGUUGAACACAAAAAAAUGUGUAAUUUUUAAGAGGUGCCUACAGGCCAACGUGUAAAAAAAAUGUUUACAGAUACCAUGCUGGCAAACGACUACAUUGUACAACUCCAAUCUUAAAUUUCUCAAAAGCAUUGGUGUAAAUUUGCACUGGGGAUGGGGGGGGGUGCAGAGUUGUGAUGAGUCACUAAAGUUUGUGGGUCAAGUCCUUGUAGUGCAAGUCGCUUUAUUUAGCAAAAUAGCCUGUCGAGUAAAGUAUUAUUUCGAGUUGAUUUGAGUCAACAAUAGUUGAACACAAAGCAAUUUAUAAAAGUAAGUGUGAAAAGCUUUUGUGGCACUUUUAAUUUUCAACUCGAGUUUCCACAUGUAGUCACACCACCACAUCUUACUUUCUUGAUGUAGCACCGACAUCAACAUUAAUAUAGACCAUAAGUCAUUGCAAAUAUUUUUUCCGCAAUGAAGUUCGCUUUCAUUUUUGGAACUCGAGUCUUACUGUCUUCCACUCUAGUCGGGUCUCCCAAUGAGGGAGUCCAGUCAUGUGCUCACAGUGACUCAAUUUGAGUCAAGUCAUAUACCUGUCCGGACUCGAUUUCCCGUUUGGAACUAGAGUCAAGUCACCAAAUCUUUGGACUGAAGUCAAGUCAUUGACUUGAGACAUUACAAUUCUGUGGGGCUAACAUAAGUCAAUAAUUGCCCAGCCAUGGAAAUUUGAAAAAAACGGGCUGCUGCCAUACGAAGCUGGGGGCGCUGCUCAUCUUACACCCUUGAAGUUGAACCAAUCUCACAUCAAAACAGAAUGUUUGUAGUUUGACAAAUUUAUCUCCACUCUGUGCUAUUCAAUACCUUUUGGUCGGAGAGAACUCCGAAAAUUCUUCAAAAUCCGCUCAUUUGUUCCCAUCACCCAGGUUUUACGCCCCUGGGUACAGGCCUAUGUGGGUUACGCAAUUCACUCAAAAAACGUACUGUGAAAGUUGAACUGCAAUUCAAUAUAACAAGGCUGAAAGAGGUUUUUUCAAAACAAAGUAGCAGUGUCUGUAUUCCCCGUGAGCCUGUAUUUUGUGGGUAAAAAAUCACAAUUGUACCGAAGUCUUACAUUUUGAGGGAGGACCACAGAGUAAUUGAAGAAAUGCCAGGCAAUUGGUAAUACACAGUGUGUGUAAGGACUUAAGAGGUUAGAGGUUCAUGUGCGAACAUGUUACAUGUUCCACUCCAUCCGGUUACAAGUAUAUGAAUGGAAGGUGAUUUCAGUACAGGGUAUUGGAAUGAGAUUACUAAAUUAAAUGUGUCUACAUUGCAAGUUUUGUACGAGAGCCAGAAAAAGGAAAAAAAAUAGGGCUUUACAAUAAUACACAUGUGGAUGCUAUCCAUAUUUAUUAUCACCGACAUAUGCAUGAGAGUACAAAGUGUGUGCCAUAUUCUCAGUACAUGUACUGUAGUUAUGUGACCCUGACGCACGCCUAUCAGCUGUUCCUGAACCAGCGUAAUGCAGUGUCCCCCAAAGGAGCCUGCGCUGCUUGGAAUAUUGCGCCCUCUCUUGGUCCAGCUUGGGGCUCAUGAGACUGUUCCCUAUUUAGGGGCUGGAGUGGAGUGGUUGGGGGGAGUGGAGCAGUGUUUGUUUGCAGUUAUUGCUAUUAAAGGU